UCCGCCCCUCUUUGCGCUACCAUCCUCAGAAGCCGUUGACGGCUCUAAUAGUGACGGAUCGACCCCCGCAAUAUUAUUUUAUUUUUCCUUUUUCAUUUGUUUUGUGGAAAAAAAGAAAAAGGAGUACAAGUAAGCUUCACUGCACACAUCCGUCCUCAGCAAUCCCCAUCAGAUCUCUUCAACACAUAAUCCUGUUUUGAGCUUUUGUAAGAGAUUGUGCUAACGGUAGCUAGUACACGAUUAUUGCUAAUAACUCCACGAUACAACCUCGAGACAAGUCGGGACAAGACCAGUCUCAGGACUCACCAUACUCAAUGAGCGUACAGCGCAAUGUCAGAGCGCUCUGGGCAAACGGCAAAGGGGAAGGAUGGCAAAACCAAGUAUGCGUCUCUCAACCUGUUUGAUACCUACAAAGGAAAGAGCCUUGAAGCACAGAAGCCAGUUGUUGCCCCUCGUCAUGGCUUACAGUCUCUUGGUAAAGUUGCCUCUACACGGCGCAUGCCCCCCCCUGCCAACUUGCCUAGUUUGAAGGCAGAGAACAAAGGCAACGACCCCAACGUCUCGCUCGUUCCCAAAGACGGCACAGGAUGGGCAAGCAAGCAGGAACAAGCAGACCCAAAGAGUACCGAUGUAUUGUCAGCAGCGCAGCCGGAGUCGCAGCAGCCUGUGGCCUCACAGACGUCUGCGCCGAGCAUACCGAGAACACCCCCAGCUCAAGAGCCUCCGACUCCAGCUCUAGCCGUAGGGCCAAGGUCUUGGGCUCCGGCCAGUGUUACACAUGGAGCACAAGGAGAUGGUGGAAAGGGAUCAAACCAACCAUCGCCAUUCUCUCGCGAGGAAUUUCCCACCCUGCAGGCGGCUGGAGACCAGGACAGAGCUGGCAAAGAACAGGCCACUGCAGAUCAGUGGUAUGGGCCAGGACCAAGCCUCCGCCCCCAGAACGUAACAAGUUGGCGGGAUGGUGGGGGCCGGGCAUUGGCACCCACCCUGGCUGGGGAGGCAGUUGCGGAGGGCGGUGCUGGGGGAGUCAUCCUGAUGGAGGGUGCUGCUGGGGCCCCUCCCAUCCAACAGCAGAAUGCAUCUUCUCAUGGGCCGCCUAGAACUCCCCCAACCAGCAACCCCGCGCUUCCCCUCCCCCAGCCAACUAUUGGCCCGCAGUUUCAGGCUUACAGAGGGAUCAUGCCUCCCUUCGUAAGUAUGUAUCCACCAUACCUGCCCUUUCCACCCCCUUAUGGUCCACAGGGACCUUACAGGUACCCACCGCCAAAUGAGGCUCCUAGGUUUUCUCGGAACCAGGGUGGAAUAGGGCCAGAUGGGCGACCCCCUGGAGGCCCCCGGGGUGAAGUGGUAAAACGCCCAUCCAUCCUCAAACAGGAUGACCUAAAAGAGCUGGAUGAGCUGGACCAUGAUGGAGAUGAGGGCUGGGCUGGAGCUCAAGAGGAAAUUGACUACUCCGCGAAGUUGAAAUUCAGUGACGAUGAAGGAGAGGAUGAUGGGGAGGAGGAACGGGGUGAAAAUAAAAAUGGAACCCGGGAGUCAAGGGAACAGCAGAGAUCCCAAGAUGGACCUGUACCUGUUUCACGUUCCAGGGCAUCCGACAGUGGAGGGGAUUCGCGACGCACCCCUCCUUCCAGUACUGAAGAUGGCUCUGUGUCCCCCUCCAGCAAGCCAGGCUGGGCCGAGGAGGGAGGUAGCAGCUGGAACAGUCAAGCAAAUGCCGGAUCUUAUCAGGGGCCUAGGCCUGGAUUAGGUGGCACUAGGGAGCAGCCCUCUCCCCCACCAGGUCCACUUCUUGGACAAGGGCCCCACUCCUACUACCGCCAGGACCGGCCUUCAAACCAGUCGCCAAUACCUGGCCCAAUCCUGGCCCCCCAGAAGCCCAGUAGUGCUCAUGCACAGCAGCAGGCAGGGACAGUGCCUGGUGGGCCAACUCCUCCUCCCUCCAACACCCUGCACCCUCAGCAACAGGGUGAGGAUGAAGAUGAGACAUGGCGACAAAGGAGAAAGCAGUCAUCAACCGAGAUAUCUGCAGCAGUGGAGCGUGCCCGUCGACGCCGUGAAGAGGAGGAACGGAGGAUGCAGGAGGAGCGCCGUGCUGCCUGUGCAGAGAAGCUGAAAAGACUUGAUGAAAAACAGCAGCAACAGACAAUAAAACCCAGCAGCCCCAGUGACGCUCCAGCCAACAGCCCUAGUCCUUCUUUGUCUGCACAUGCCUCAUCUCCCAAUGUCAGUCAGCCAUCAUCACCCUGCGUGGACACUGAAGAACCACCUCUGUUAUCCGCUCAAGGAAGUGGUGCAACUCUAGGGCUUACUAAUAAUAACAGACAGAGAGCUGGUAGCAACAGCAGCCACGACUCCAACAAUGAGUCCCAGCAGGUUCUGCAACCUCAAGCCACCCAGCAUCCACAAUCCCAGGAUGUCCCAGGGCCUGGAGAUAUCAAGGAGGAGCAUGUGGUGGGCGGUCCACACAUCCGCAGUACUAGAGUUGGAGAUGAUUCAGUGAAGGUGGUUGAAUGUGUUGGUGUAACAGGACGGCAGGGAAGUGGUCCUUCUGGGCAAGGCUUUUCCAAGUAUCAAAAAUCGCUUCCUCCUCGCUUUCAGAGGCAACAACAGGAGCAACUUCUCAAACAGCAACAGCAGUGGCAGCAGCAACAACAGCAACAUAACCAGGUUGCUGCCCAAAAUCAGUUGCAGUCACAGCCUCAGAACCAGCAGGGCCCCGCUCCAGGUACCGCACCACAGUCUGGGCCCAAACAGCCAACUCUUUAUCCUCCUGGCUCAAUGGGACGUCCUCCACCUCUUCCUAUGAACUUUGAUCCCCGCUGGAUGAUGAUGCCCUAUAUGGACCCCCGAAUGAUGCAGGGACGCCCCCCUCCUAUGGACUACUACCCUCCAAGCAUGCAUCCUUCAGGGAUGAUGAAUCGAGAGCGUUCUGAUUCAGGUGGCUCUGGGUCAGAUCCCUUUGAUAGGCAGCAGCAUGCUGGACCCCCUCAUUCCCAUCGUGGUACACCCCCCAUGGAUCCCAAACUGGCUUGGGGACCAGAUGUUUUUCCAGGAGGAACAGAGGGACGAGGUCUAAGCUCCCCUUUACGUCAGAAAGCAGUUGAGGAAGAGGAGGCUGGAAAAGGUCAAAGAAGUGACACUCCUCCCGUUCGUAUGCGAGAAGGAGGCACAGCGUCUGUUCAGCAGCCUGGUGUGGCUCCCAGCUCUCCAUCUGGCUCAUCCAACCAAACCCCACCACCUCUGGGGAUUCAAGUUGGGGGUGCAGGCCACCAUGCCCAUCAUCAACCCUUCUUGGAUGGGCGAGGAGGUUACAGCAGCUACCCUGACAAUGGAUCAAGAAUGGGCUCCCACCUGCAGCAAAGGGCUAACAGUGGAGGGACACUGCAUGGUUUUGGCCAUCAGGAAGGUAGUCAGCCGAACCAAAUCUGGGGGACUCCUCAUCCUCAUUAUGACCGUUCUGAUCACUCAGCCUUGGAGAGCAACUCUCAUCACCAACAUCAUGGUCCUCCCUCUCACGCCCCUCAUUUUUCUCUUCAUCCUCAUAAGCAAGAGAAUGGCAGGGAGCGAGAAAAAAUGGUGGAGCCAAAGAAGAAUGACCCUUCACCUCCACUCCAUCAGCCGUCCCUCUCCUCUUCCUGUUCAUCAUCAUCCUCGUCUUCCUCUGCCAGAGAAGAUGGCAGUGGAAAACAGUCUUUACAUAAUCAAGUUCCACCACUGCAUGAGCAUGAUACUGGAUCCACUCAUGCUUCAGGAAGGAAGCAGGACAAGACAGGAAAUGCGCAUAAUCAGCCCCCACAACAUUCUGGGCAGCAGCACCACCCUAGAGCCAACCCUCGCAAUCGGGAACACAAAACUGAGACGCACUGGGGCCCGAGGCCUGGUAGCAGUAGUGUGAGUGGAAGCUCUACUCACAACAGAAAGACAGGCUCUGGAAUUAUUGCAAUUACAGAACCAUCUGGAAACCAGGGUGCUGAGAACAAGUCCUUUAACCAAUCAGAUGGCAUCACAGUCAAGCGGGCAGGUCCUAUUAAGAGACCAGUUCUUAAAGAGAUUAAAAGGGAGGGUGGUGAAGGAGGAGGAGAAAAGACUACUGGAGGCUCUGGUAAAGAUAAAGAACAAGAUGCAAGUCAAACCACAACCAAACAAGAACCUGCCACUGGGAAUCAAGUCAUAUUAGCACCCAGUGGAAAAGAUGAUGCCGUCUCAUCAAAUAAACCCAGAACUGGUGGAAAGGAGCGAGGUAACACUGGGGGUUCAGGCAAAGGAUCCAAAAAUGGGGAAAGCUCCAUGCAGAAUUCUGGUUAUUCAGCCUCUCAGUCCAGGAGGGAAAGAGAACAUUCACCUGAAAGAGGGAGCACAACCUACCAUUCGUCCUCAUCCAGAGGUAGCCGAUCCAAUCGUGGCAGAGGAGAGUUCUAUGGUCGAGGCAGAGGCUAUAGGGGCACUUACGUGGGUAGUGCAGGUGGUGGCAACCGUGGAAAGGCUGGUGGCAGGAACAGCAGGGAUUAUAGGCCAGCUGCCAAUAGUGGUUACCACCAUCCAUCUUCUAAUCAAGAUUACAAAAGAGAGGCAUCAUCUGGGAGUGGCAGACAUGGCACAUCUCAACCCAAUCCUGGACGUGCUAGGAACCGUAGUGAGACUCGAAGCGAAGGCUCUGAAUAUGAAGAGGUGCCAAAGAGAAGGAGACAACGAGGAUCUGAAACAGGCAGUGAGAGUGCUGGAAGUGACCUUGCUCACUCUGACAAGGAAGAUCGCAAGCUCAACACCAAGGCUGGAACAGUAGGAGAGAACCCUACAACUGGCCCUUCAUCUUCUGCUUCAGUCAGAAACACUCAGACUAGAGUAUUCACACCAAGGGGAGUACCAUCAAGACGUGGUAGAGGUGGAGGUGGUGCUGGAGGGGGUCUCCAUAGAAGCGGAGGUGGUGCUGGAGUGUCUGGUGGACAAAGACCUGGACCUGGCUCUUCUUCCCAUGGCUGGUCGGCAAAGUCUGCAAAUGUGCGAAAGCCACAGACAUCCUCACAGCCACCCCCUGCUAAAGAUUUAAGCCGUGGAGUGAAUGUUGACAAGAAGAAACCUGCAGAACAGAAUCAGCCUCAAAGUCAAAGUGCAAAUCCCACCACAACUGUUGCCUCUGUGCCUACAACUAUCCAACAGGGGUCCACUGAGAAUGGAAAUGUUGGAGCACCAAUGUCUUCAACUAAUGCUCCAUCAAAUCCCGCUGGUGCACCUACACAGUCUCUUCCUCUGCCUGCCCCAGAUGGGCGGAACUUCCCUAACAGGGGAUUUGAGCGCCCUCCUCGUCGUAGGCGCCAUGGCCGAUCCCAGCAUCAGCAGGACAAGCCUCCAAGAUUCCGCAGACUUAAACAAGAGCGAGAGAAUGCAGCCCGUAUAAAUGGAAGCAGUGGAUUAAUUGAAGUCAUAGCUGCACAACAGCAACGCACUGCUCCACUGUUGCAAAAUUCCCUGCAACAAGCCAACAGCACUCCCAAUGUACCCGAUGCAGUAGUUGCAAAUGCAAAUCACAGUGUGUCCACAACUCCUAACAGUAAUAAUAAUAGCAGCAACCUUGCAGGUGGAAACCAAAAUUUCAAUAGUCACCACCACCAUCACUAUCAGGGUAACUCCCAGUCACACCCUCAGCACCAUCACAACCAUAACCCGGCCGGGGGCGCCAAAUCUCCAGAUGUCUCCAACCAGAACUCUGACCAGGCAAAUGAAGAAUGGGAAACUGCCUCAGAAAGCAGUGAUUUCACAGAGUUUCGAGAGAGAGAGGGUGGAGGAGGUGGUAAAUCCUAUUCCUCGCAUCACCAUCAUCACCACCACCACCACCAUCCACCGGGAAGAGGCGGUGGAGGGGGCGGUGGUGGCGACAGAGAGAUGACUGCUAAAGAAUUAGCCUCUGGGAAGAGGAGCUUCUCCAGUCAGCGUCCAGGAAUGGAGCGGCAGAACAGAAGGGUGAAUGCUGGUGGUGGUGGUGGAGGAAAAGGCCAGAGGGGUCCGCCCGGCACUGGUGGGCCAGUGGGUGGAGCUGGCAAUGGCGGGGGUAAUCGUGGUGAGAGGCGUGGCAACUGGCCUUCUCCCAAGAACAGGAAGUGAUUUCUUUUUUUUUUUGGAAAUGUUUCAAACGCAUCCCUCUAUCUUUGGCCACUUUUGUUUUCUGUAAAACUUCUUCCCCCUUAACAUGUUAACACAUUAUUAUUGUGAAAGAAUAGUUACCAAGACCAUGUACACAGUCUAGCUCUUUUGGUUGAUAGCUUUUUGUCCCUUAAUUGGAAAUUUACACUCGUGUCAUUUCACGCUCCCACAAUUCCUAAACUCUAUUGAGAUUUUACACAACACAGCCCUUUUUAAUGGAAGUAUUUCCUGACUGAACAUGCAUUCAACCCAAUUAUGUUUGCAUACACAAACACAGUAAGACAUCAACCUGACGAAAAUGUGCUUAGUUUGUGUAUGCCGGGCACGAUAUGUGUAUUUCUUGUAUGAAGUCUGGCUUAGUAUAAGGCCAAGGUUGGUGUACUUGUGUAUUAUUCACAUUACAUGUUGGAUUUUGGAAGUUGCUCUUUUAAUAAGAACAUAUGUAUCAUAAAAUAAUUUUUCCCCACAUUAGUUUUUCAUUUCUAUCUCUUUUUAAAGGUGGAAAUGUCUUUUUCCCUUCAUUAAAAGUGUUUUAAUAAAUCCCCCUUCAUUUUUGUCAAAACUCACAUAUUACUGUGCUUGCCCACUUACAACCACAGCUCUGUUUUUGUGUUGGAAUAUCACUGUCAGGCCCACUUAUUCAGAUCUACAUUGUAUAUUUUCUGUACGUUGGAGUCAUAGGUCUUCUCUGCUCAUUGCUUUGGGUUUUUUGGCCUCCACAUGGAAUUUUAGUCUAAUAGUGCACAUUAUACAUGUUUAUAUUGUUAGACAGAGUGAUCAUAAAUGAAGGUCCUUCAAUCGAUUCCCUUCAUGGAUCACAUUGUUAAGGCUCUUUUUUUCGGUUGUGAGCAAAUCCGAUAACUCUUAGCCUUUGCGUCAGAUCCUCAUUAGAUUUUUUUUGUUGUUGUUGAGAAUAUCCGUUACAGAUUUUCUUUAGUCUUGCACUUACUUAUAUUAAGCCAGUAAACUCCAAAACUCUCCUUUAGAUCGUUCUGUUUUUUCUUUCUCCUCCAAAUGAUUAGCUGUGUAUCGGACAUCUUAUUUGAUUUGGAUGUCAUACUGCAGUUCCAGGUGAUUAAACAUGAAAGUAUUGUGCUAUUGUUAUAUUCACUUACCAGUUCUAGGCAGGGUAGAGAAUCGCUCUUCGAUCACCAUCUGCAUUGUAAAUUCCCUUUUAUUUUCUCUCCUCGAAGAAACCUACGCGAGCUCUUUCUCCAGUGUGUAUUCCCACAAAGUCCCACAAAACAUGUCUCAGAACUAUGAUGAGCUGUCCUGCUCACAUCCUCGGACUGAUCUUCAAUUUACCAGACAUCUCAUUGAGACAAAAGUCAAUGCCAAGGAGUCUGCGGCCCUUAUGAGUAGUGUUACAAAAUGAGACAUUGGUUCAAUGUGCAAUAUGCCUGACGUCAGACAAAACCUGCCCAUCGAGGGAGCCCGAGUCCAGGUUAACGAGAAACCACAAACGCUUGACGUCUAAAAACAACAGAUCAAAGCAUUGUUCCCUCCUCAUUUUGACCAGCAUCUGUAUCCUAAUGGUGUAAGUUGGGGUUUGUUUGUUUCUUCUGGGAAUGCCUUGGUCUAAUGAAUAGCUUUGAAAUACUAUGUAGGGCUUUUUGAAUGAAAUGUAUGUGUGAGUAGGGCAUUUAAAAAAAAUGUAUGUGUGAGUUUAUAUCUGAUCUCUACAUGUAACGUGCUCUUUUGAGGGUAGAACGCUUUGUGAAAGGCGAACACAAAUCCCAAUCGCCCACCUUUUCUGACACUAUUAGGAUGUUUAUUUUAUCUAGGAUAUUUUCAUUAUAUACAUUCAAGUGUGUGUAUAUGUUAAUCCAAACGAAGUGGAGUGGAAAAAAAAGUGAAAUCGAUAUAUAUAUAUUUUUUCCUAUCUACUAAAAAAAAGCACUAAAACGAAUUUAUUUUACUUGCAGACAUUUCACCAAGCAUGGUUUCGUCCUCAGAUACAGCUUGGUUGGUCUAGUCGCUGUUUAUCAUCCCUCUUAAACUUACUUCAUGGAUGUGGUCACAUUAUUAUAUGUACCGAUAUUUGAAUAAAACCGAAUAGAAAACGUGUAUUCCUUGAAAUACUCAGAGAUUGUAUUAUACUUCUAACUAUAUACCAAGGUACAUGAAGUUGUUACUGCUGUCCUAGCAUUUAUGGCUUAUUAUUGGAACCUUGAUAUACACACAUGUAUGUAUAUUGGUAUGCAUCGGAGUUUGUCCGCCCCAACUUACAUUCCCACACACAAUUGUUGCCAUUUUAAGUUCAAGGGAGCAAUGUACAAGCAGAGAAGUGUCUUAUUAUAAUAAAAAAGUAUACAGAGAAAAAGUUAAAUAAAAAUCUUUUGUUUUAAUGGAA